CGCCCGCCCCGCCCUCCCCUCUCCAGUGGCUGCUGUGGGGCAGGCUGGGAGGCAGCCGCCUGGGACCCCCAGUCCACAGCUGGGAAAGCCCCGACUGCCCGGCAGCGCCCAGGGCCCCGGAGCAACUGGUGGAGUCGGACCCCCCGGCGUAGCAGGACCCCGGCCCGGGCAGAGCGGAUCGGGGCUUCCCGAGAGCCGGCGCCAUGGUGGAGGAGAAGCUGGAGCAAUGCCAGAAGGAGACAGAGGAGGUGACUCAGAUUAUGCUGGUCAACUAUUCCAAGGUGCUGGACCGGGAGGCCAAGCUCAGCACCCUGGACGACAGAGCAGAUGAGCUCCGCAACAUGAGCUCUACCUUUAGCAGGACGACGAAGACGGUGGCACAGAAGAAGCGCUGGGAGAACAGGAAGUAUAAGAUAUUCCUGGCGGUGGUAGUGGUGGUCGUGGUGUUGAUCAUCCUGGCCGUGGUUCUAUGGCUGUCGCUGCGUGGGGCCGGGAACCAGGCCGCUGAGAACCGGGCCUCCGAGAACCAGGCCACCAAGAGCCAGGUCACCAUCACGCAGGCUGACUGAGGGAAGGAGACAACCCAGUGCCCUCUCUGCUAGGGACACAGGUGCCCUGGGCUCAGUGCAAUAUGGACAUCGUGCGCAUGGAGACUGCAGGGGCUGCCACUGGAGCUGGGGCUUUUCUUUAGCUAUUUGGAAAGGCCCCUUUGCAGAUGGGUCACAACACUGGGAAACAGUAUCGACAGUCCAGCUCCAGGGAGCAACCCUUCUGCAGACUAAAUAAUCCCAGUUCCCUCAGCCUCUCCUCAUAAGACAUGUGCUCCAGCCCCCUAAUCACUUUCGUUGCCCUCCGCUGGACUCUUUCCAAUUUUUCCACAUCCUUCUUGUAGUGAGGGGCCCAAAACUGGACACAGUACUCCAGAUGUCGAAUAGAGGGGAAUGAUCAUGUCCCUCGAUUUGCUGGCAGUGCCCCUACUUAUACAGCCCAGGGCUCAAGAGCAACCCUACAGUAACAAACCAGUGUGUGCAGCCGAGCUCUGACAUACAUCCCCCAAUAACAACCCAUUGGGAUCAGCCCCAGCAACCCUACAAUAAUGCAUGCAGUCCCUGGGAAGGGACCCCAGCCAGGGAGAAGGCCCCUGCGUUAGGUUUCCUGGCAGGUCAGGUAGAUGAACGCUCACAAGUGCCUUAAGCUUUAGUUACAAUAAUGGGGGUGCGGGGGAGAGGUUUGCAGACAGUUGUACUUUAGCUUAGUUGUGCUAAAACCACUCGACCUGGUUUUAAGACCGGUCCCCAGAUCUGUUUAAAGCUCUUGCUGCCCUCCGCCGCAGCCUUUCGCACCAGCCCCAGCACUGCUGUGGGCAGGUCAGUAAAGGCAGAUUGUUUGUAAAAUGUCCGUGUUUGUGGGUCGAUAUGGCUGCCGGGGAGGGACAAAUGGGGAUGGACAGAGAGACGGAUAAACCGAUAGAGUCUCCACCAUCUUCCCUACCUCUUUGUCUGCUGGCCUCACAUGGCUGGCUUGAUUUCCCCACCUCCUAGAGCUCUCUGCUCACAGCAGCAAUCUGUGCCCAGGGGUGCCCAUCCCUUCCCAUUGUUCCCCCAACUCCCCACCACUCCAGAGUCAAGUUGGAUCUCCAGGUUAAGCUGAGACACACACCACAUCCUUUAUGCCUGUAACUGUAAUGGUUCAAAAAAGAACUAGAUAAGCUUAUGGAGGAUAGGUCCAUCAAUGGCUAUUAGCCAGGAUGGGCAGGGAUGGUGUCCCUAGCCUCUGUUUGCCAGAAGCUGGGAAUGGGUGACAGGGGAUGGAUCACUUGAUGAUUCCCUGUUCUGUUCAUUCCCUGUGGGGAACCUGGCAUUGGCCACUGUCGGCAGACAGGAUACUGGGCUAGAUGGACUUUUGGUCUGACCCAGUCUGGCCGCUCUAAUGUUCUUAGAGUCAGACCCAGACGCUUGCAGCGAAGGUGUGCUCGGAGCACAGGUCGGCACGCUCCUUUGCCAUCAUGCCUAUAACAAACUCAACAGCAGUUACGUUGUGGGUGUGCUGAGCCCAUGGCUGAGUGGAAAUAGCCACUUGUGGUUUCCUGGUGCUCCUGGUCCGUCUCCCACUGUUUGUCUCAUCUCGUAUGUAGAUUAACUCUUUGGAGCAGAACAAUUUGUGUAGUGGGGGUGCUGAGAGCCAGUGAGCCAAACUAAACCCUGCACCCCCAGCACCUAUGAGCAAGGCCCCUCUGUUGGCUCUGGGUCUGUACAGCUACCAGAACAAUGGGGUCUUGCUCCAUGAGGGAGGCUCCUAGGUGCUACCAAAAUAUACGUAGCAUGAUGGGUCCUGGUCCAGGACUUGGGUCCCUGGGCAUUACUGUAAUACACUUCAUAAAUAACCUACUGUGCCCAGCACAAUGGGUAGUGUUUGGGAUGUGGGCACCUGUCUGCUAAGAACUGGGCUGAGACCUGCCAACUCCAGAGCCACCAGAGACCUGCCAGCCAUUCCCACCCUGGGCUCAGUGGCGUAGCCAGGUUCUAACAUCGGGGGGAGUGAACACACACAAAAAGGCGCCACCUCACAUCAAAUUACCAAUUACAUCCACUCCCUCCCACUUCCUGCCCCCCUCAGAACUCCAACACCUGCCCGCUCCUUGUCCCUUGACUGCCCCCUCCUGAGACCCCACCACCGUAACUGCCCCCCUAGGACCCUACCUCCUACCUGUCCUCUGACUGCCCCGUCCCCAGACAGACCCCCAGGACUUCCAUGCCUAUCCAACCACUCCCCGCCCCUGACAGGAACCACCGAGACACACCCCGUAAUCCAAAGUGGGGGGGGCGAGGGACCACACACAGCUCCUGCCAUUGAAGGUACAUAGGCAGCUGCUUCUGCCGUAGCACCUGGCUUUAGUGUUUAGCCAGAAGCCUUUGCGAGCAGGCAGAGGGAUACUGCUAAGAGUCUGGUACAAACAGACCUAGCAGAGACCACAACAGUAGCACUGCCUCUUCCCAGCACAGAGCCCAUAAACAAGAGAGGCAGAGCCGUGCUUAAUAGAGUGCAUGGGGUGGGGAGGGAGUACAGACAAAGGGAUGGGGCAUGGAGAAAAACUGCAGAGAGAGAGAGAAGGAGAAAGUGAGGAAGAAGGAGAAGCCAGGAGGCUGUGUCUCUGGAGGGAAGCCCUGCGGGAGGGGCAUUCAGAUGCAGCAUGUUAAUGAGACCCUUGCAAACACAAGGGAAAGAAGCAGGGAAGGGAUUGUGUCUGGGCAGAGGACAAGCAGGGCUACUCACUCAGUCUCCCCUGUGGCAUUGGGUAGCAGGGCCCAGGAAAUUAAAAUCUCUUAACCACACAGAAUUGUUAACUGCUCCCACAUCCUUUUGUGCCAUGGCUGUAAACUUAGAAGAGCUUAAGCUGUGAGAUGCAUGAACUUCCUCAAUAAAUCUCUCUUGUGCGGUGCCUCAA